UUUUUUUUAUGUGCACAAGAAUAGUUUCUAGUUGACGAAUAGAAAUAAUAAUAAUAAUCACAAUAUCUUCCUAUUCCUUGUGUAAUAAUUUGAGUGAUUGUAUUUUCAUUAAAUCAUCAAUAAUUACUUGUGAUAAAAGUUAAAAAUAUAACCAUUUCAACAGAUUUAAAGUCUACUACAAAAACAUUAUGAUUAUCAGGUGAAAUUCAUUCAGCAAGUAGUGCAUUGCCCGCUUGUUUUCCAGUGAACGGCGGUCGAUAUUACAAUAAUUUGAAAUGUUGGAGGUGGGAUUACGGGUUGUCAGAGGCUACGAUUGGAAAUGGAAGGAUCAGGACAAUGGAGAGGGUCAUGCCGGUACCAUAGUUGAAAUCGGCAAGCCACCUUUGCCACCAGGAAACGCAACAACUUCGAGCUCCAAUCCUACAGACAAAACACCCGACAAAACUGUAAUUGUUCAGUGGGACCAUGGGUCCAGAAGUAACUACAGAAUCGGUUAUCAAGGCUACUAUGAUUUACUUGUGUUCGAUAACGCAGCUGCUGGGGUCCAGCACAACAAUAUAAUUUGCGAUGGAUGUAAAAGACACGGAAUCGUUGGUAUCAGAUGGAAGUGUGCGCAAUGUCAUGACUAUGAUCUCUGUACCCAAUGUUAUAUGGGUGAUACACAUGAUCUGACUCAUAUUUUCCAGCGAUUCCAGACAGCUAACGCAGUAGGAGUCCAGUUGACUCCUAGAACAGGUUGCACUAAAAUACCAUUGAAAGGUAUUUUUAUUGGAGCUAAAGUCGUACGAGGACCAGACUGGGAAUGGGGAAAUCAAGACGGCGGUCCUGGAAAAACUGGACGAGUUAUUGACAUUCGUGGGUGGGAUAAUGAGAGCAGUCGUUCGGUAGCUACUGUGACCUGGGCAUCAGGAAGCACGAAUGUAUAUCGGCUUGGUUACAAAGGUUGUGUUGAUCUUUGUUACGUUGAAUAUGGAACUUGCGGGACUUAUUAUAAAGAACACUUGCCAGUUCUUGGUCAAUCGAUAAUGACAAUGACUGAGGAAAAUAAUGGCACUGGCCAGAGUGACAAUUUGGGUCAAUUAACGUUUAACGUUGGUGAUAAAGUUAAAGUAUUACGAGAUGUUGAUUCACUGAAAGAUAUGCAGGCUGGUCAUGGGGGUUGGAACCCACGGAUGGCUGAGUAUAUUGGAAAAGUUGGGACAGUCCAUCGGAUAACUGAUAAAGGUGAUGUACGUGUACAGUAUGAAGGAUGCAAUAACAGGUGGACAUUUCAUCCGCGUGCUUUGACCAAAGUAACGAGUCAGGAUACGUUUGUUCUCGGUGAUAUUGUACGAGUUAAAAAUGAUGCGGCGGCUAUUAAAAGUUAUCAGCAAGGUCACGGUGAAUGGAUCGAUGUAAUGAAGAGUGCAUUAGGAAAACUUGGAAAAGUUAUUAAAAUUUAUCCCGACGGUGAUCUUCGAGUUACAUUAGAGGGUCAUACUUGGACGUUUAAUCCUCUUAGUGUAGUCAAAAUUGCUAGUGGCCAAGGAGUAGCGGGUCAUCCUGAUGGUCAUCGUAUACAACAGGAAUCUGUAUCUAAUGAUGUGACUAUAGAAGUUGAAAAACUUCUUCGAGACGCGGCAAGAGGAGAAGCUGGCUUGACUGCAGUCAGAGAAUUCCUUAAAAAAUAUUCCGGAAAUGUUGAUAUUUGCAGUGGUAAAAAAACAUUUUUGCAAGUUGCUGCACAUCAAGGGAACCGUGAUUUAUGUGUUCUUCUUCUUGAUGCUGGUGCAUCAUUGAAAGCUAUUGAUGAAGACGGUGAUCCGCCAUUACAUUAUGCAGCUUUUGGAAAUCAACCUGGUGUAAUGGAAUUAUUAUUAAGUAGAGGAGCGCCGAUUGAUGCUAUAAACAAUAGUGGAUGUACGGCUCUCCAUGUUUCUGUAAACAAAGAAAAUUCAGCAUGUGUCCAAGUUUUAUUACGUCACGGCUGCAACGUAAAUCUUCAAGAUUCUUAUGGCGACACUGCAUUACAUGAUGCUAUAAGUAAAGAAACAGACAUCAUGUAUGCCUUGAUAAAUUACGAUUCAGUAGAUUUUACCAUACGAAAUAAACGUGGUUUCAAUGUUCUGCAUCAUGCGGCACUGAAAGGCAAUGCACAUGCGACAAAAAAACUUAUGAGUCGAGUUCAACAUCUUAUUGAUGUUAAAAAAGAUGACGGGUUUGCUGCACUACAUUUGGCUGCACUUAAUGGUCAUCGUGAAGUUGCCGCAAUACUUCUAUCAGGAACCAAUGGAAGAGCAACUGUGGACCUUAGAAACAAUCGAAAACAGACACCAUUACAUUUAGCUGUGUCUCAGGGUCACUGGUCUUUGGUUGAAUUACUUUUACGGCACAAUGCUGAUAUAUUAGCAACUGAUGAAGAUGGUGAUACUGUUCUUCAUAUAGCUAUAGCGAAAAGCCGUCAUCAUGCUGCCACAUCACCAACUUCAGAUAGUCGCCGUGAUGCACCAAUGAUUAAUGCUAUUUGGGAAGAUUUAGUAAAUGCAAAUGCUCCAUCAGAAUUAGCACUUGCGUGUUUUCUUGUGAGUGUAGAGAAUCAUGGCGCGUUUUUAAUGCAGGUAAAAAAUUCAAAAGGAAAAGUACCAGUUGAUUUAAUGCCAUUAGAACGAUCAGACAUUAAUUUUACUGAUCUACUUCGGUCAUACUUUUAUUUCCGUAGAAGAAAUGGACCCGAAACCGACAGUGCGUCUGUGAGUGUUGAUCAGCCAAGUUAUACUAAUACGCCUAUUGCCGAAGGAAGAAAUGAAGAAAGCACAAAUGGACCAUCAGUAUCUACUGAUCGAGUUUUAAAUAAAAAAGACGACUCAGUAAAAAAUGAAGACAGUUUGCAGAGUGAGGAAACACCUAAAAAAGCUGAAAUAAAGGAGAGAGAAAAGGACAAAGACUUGGAGAGACUGCGUUUUCUCGAGACAAGAGUAGCUGAUCUUGAAGAAGUUAACAUGUGCAGUAUUUGCAUGGAACGUAGACGCAACGUUGCAUUUCUUUGUGGUCACGGUGCAUGUGAAAAUUGUGCUGCGCCACUUAAGACAUGUCAUAUGUGUCGAAAAACCAUUACCAAAAAAAUCAAUCUUUACUAGACAAAUAACUUUAAUAACUUAAUAAUUCAUCUGCCAAACCCAAUUAUUCGAUAGUGAUUUUUUGCCUUUGACGCUACCCGCUUGUAGCUCAAAUACUUAUAAUCUGUACAGUGAUGUGCCAUAAUUGAGGUAUCAGUGAUUUAUUAUAUUUAUUAUUACUACAAUCACUAUACCUUUUAUUUAUCCUUCGAUAUAUAUUGUAUACACAUUAAUAUUUGUAUCAAUUUUUUAUCUAACUUUGUAUAUUCGUAUACGUCAUUUUUAAACGACAUUGAUAAUACUUUUUAUCAAUUUACUAAGAAACCAUUUUUUAUAGCUAAUUUAUGCUCUCUUAAUUAUCUUUUACAAUCUCAAUAUAUAUAAGAAAAAGACCUAGUACCCUAUCAGGGAACUAGUACUCAAUUACUCCAUGUAUUUGUAUAUCUAUAUUUAGUAAAUAAAUAAAUAUAUGAGUAAUUCGGGUACUAGUUCCCUGAUCGGGUACUGGGUCUCUUACUUUAUACAAAAAAGAAAAAAAAGAAUUUCUUGGCGCAAAAAAUUUUUACUCUCCCAGCGAUAAUGGGCAUUCUAGGGUUACCGUGGCACCGCUAAAUGUCCAGGAAUUUUUGUAGAACUCGACGAAACAAGACUUUCUUAGAGAAUAAAAUUUUUCGAUAUCUCGCUUAGUUUUUGAGAAAAAUGGAUUUCGAGAAAAAUGCGAUUUUUUCAAAAAGAUGAAAUAUUUCUUAGAUUUUAAUAUCUUUAAUUUUUUUUUGUAUUUUUUUACGGGAAGUGCAUUUAAAGACGAAAAUUUUGAAAAAAAAAAACGUCUGAAUUAGUCCAUUUUUGAAGAAGUUAUAGCUAUUUAAAAAAAAGUCUUUUUUCGUCGAGUUCUACAAGAAUUCGCGAUCAUUUGGUGGCGCCACGGAAACCGUAGACUUGAUAAAAAUUUUUGGAGACAAAAAAAAGUUUCUUGUCAAAAAAUUUUUUCUAGUCGAAAGAAAAUUUGUGUUUUUAUUUCAUAUUGUAGAAUUUUUUUUGCACCAAGAAAUCCUUUUUUCCUUUAUAAGGUAAGAGACCCAGUAUUCGAUCAGGGAACUAGUACUCGAUCUCUCCUCGUAUUUAUAUAUUUAUUUAUAUUUAUUAGGGGUGUGUGAAUAGUUCGAACUUACGAAUUAUUCGUAUCGAAUCAAAUCAUUUGAAAUUUUCAAGUUAUUCGUAAUUUUCUUUUGAACGGUUUGAAAUUCUAAUCAUUUUCAAAUAAUUGAAAUUUUUUCAGAGGUGAAUAGAGCUUAGAUAUGAGUCUACGAAAAAAUUAUUUUUAGUUACUUUAAAAACUAAGCUCUCCAUGAAAUAAAAAUUAAAUAUUUGAAAGCUGAACAAAUUUUCUCGAUUCGAAUCGAGUAAUUUAAAAAGUUACAAAUAAUUCACAAACUUUCAGACAAUUUUUUUUAAAUUCACGAAUAAUUUGCAAGCUUGCAAAUAAUUCUUAAAUUUUCGAAUCGAACAGAUGAAUUUGAUUUGAACCCGAUUCGCACACCCCUAAUAUUUAGAAAAAUUUAGUAAACAUACAAAUACAUGAGUGAUCGGGUACUAGAUGUCUUACCUUAUACAGAAACAAUUUUUCUUGACGCAAGAAAAUUUUUGUUUUCAUUUCAUAAUGUAAAAUUUUUCUUGCUUCAAGAAAUCUUUUUUUCUGUGUAUAUAUAUAUAUUAUUUUUUAUCUGAUAAUGGCGAAUUAUCUUAAAUUUUAAUGAAUGUAUUUACAUUAAUAUUGACACGUAUUAUGUAAAAAAAAAAAUUUUUAACUUUAAAAUUACUGUCCCAUGUAAAAAGAUUCAUUCCAAAAAGAUUCCAAAAAAGUUCCGCACGUGGAACUUCUAAAAAUGAGACCGAUUAGAACUUCGGAUGGAACAUUUUUGGAACGUUAGUAAUUUUGAUGGUAAAAAAAAAGUUUUAUGAGCAAACUUACAGUAAAAAAAAAAACGUUUUUGGAACUUUUUUGAAAUGUUAUAUAGACAUUCCAAAAAAGUUACAGAAUCACCACUUUUUACUUUUUUAUGGACUAAAAAAGACACUCCAAAAUUACUAUUGUUGCAUCUUUUGUAGACUAAAGACGUUCCAGGAACAUGCCAAAAUAGUUCAAAAAUCACUUUUGAAUUUUUAUAGAACAAAAAAAAACGUCCAUAAAAAAUUCCAAGAACUUUUUUGACUCUAAAUAUGCUCAUAAAACUUUUUUUUUACCAUCAAAAUUACUAACGUUCCAAAAAUGUUCCAUUCAAAGUUCAAAUCUAUCUCAUUUUUAAAAGUUCCACACGCGGAACUUUUUUGGAACGAAUUUUUUUUACACGGGGUACCAAUAUGGGUAUUUUUAAAAUCAUUUUUCACUAUACAAAAUUAUAAUACUUUUAUAAAAGAGAAUAGUUCUACAAUCCUUAAAUAAUACUGGCAUUUAGAUACAAGAACUAUUUGCUUUUAUAAAAAUACUUUGUCUUCUGUCACAAUUUAAAAUUAUUGUAUUAUAAUGGGAGAAAGAAAUUUCGAUUUGUAUUUUAUAUAAUAGUUUUUAUUAUUAUUUUAAUAAAGGUCUAAGGUACAAAAGAAAAUUUCAAUUAUUUUUUCUUUAGCAAGCAAUCUUAUUUAUUUUGGUACUCCAUAGUUUCAGUAUUCGUAUAUAAUACAGUAUUGAGCCAGUUUGCAAAACUGUAAUAAUAAUUGUUUAUAAUAAUGUCAGUAAUAAUUCUUUUCUAUAUAAACCUAAGGCAGUAUACUAUAGAUUGAUACAAUGUUUAUACUAAUAACGAAUCUCGCUCCAAAGCCCAAUACUGGAAUAGAAUCGUCUAAUUCUAGUUCAAGAAUUAUUCAUAUUCACACGUUUUUUAAAUUUUUUUAUUUCAUUUUCCCCCUUUGUAUUCGAAAUAACCCUACUAUAUUCUCCUUGCAAAAUUUUGCAUAAGAUAAAUAUGCAAGUAAAGCUUAAAAAUUUAUUUAAAAAUUAAAGGCUAAAAAAUUAUAUAUAUUUUUUUUUUAUCCGUCAAUAUUUU